AUGUCCUUCCUCGCUAUCAGCAGACUAGCCCCAAGGCUCCUCAGUUCAAAGGUGAAUUGGUUGUCUAAGGAGUGGGCUAAGCGUGCAGCUCUUCCCUCUCACGUGGUCACCAUGCUGGACAACUUCCCCACCAACCUGCACCCCAUGUCUCAGUUCAGUGCUGCCGUCACCGCUCUGAACAGCGAGAGCAGUUUCGCUCGGGCGUACUCUGAGGGAGUUAACAAGGCCAAGUACUGGGAGUUUGUGUACGAGGACUCCAUGGACUUGAUUGCCAAGCUCCCCUGCGUGGCGGCCAAGAUCUACCGUAAUUUGUACCGUGAAGGCAGCAGCAUCGGUGCCAUCGACUCCAACCUGGACUGGUCACACAACUUCACCAACAUGCUGGGCUACAGUGAUCCACAGUUCACAGAACUCAUGAGGCUCUACCUCACCAUCCACAGUGACCAUGAGGGUGGAAAUGUCAGCGCACACACUAGUCAUCUGGUAGGCAGUGCGCUGUCCGACCCCUACCUCUCCUUUAGCGCUGCUAUGAAUGGUCUGGCCGGACCCCUGCACGGACUGGCCAAUCAGGAGGUGUUGGUAUGGCUGACAGCCCUGCAGAAGGAGCUCGGUGGUGAGGUGUCCGAUGAGAAAAUGAGAGAUUACAUUUGGAACACUCUCAAAUCAGGCAGAGUGGUGCCAGGCUAUGGCCACGCUGUACUGAGGAAGACAGAUCCUCGCUAUACCUGUCAGCGUGAGUUUGCCCUCAAGCACCUUCCCAAUGACCCCAUGUUCAAGCUGGUAGCUCAACUCUACAAGAUCGUACCCAAUGUGCUUCUGGAGCAGGGCAAGGCUAAGAACCCCUGGCCCAAUGUAGAUGCCCACAGCGGAGUCCUGUUGCAAUAUUAUGGCAUGACUGAGAUGAACUAUUACACUGUGUUGUUUGGCGUAUCCCGGGCUUUGGGUGUCCUCUCCCAGCUGGUGUGGAGCAGAGCGCUCGGCUUCCCUCUGGAGCGUCCCAAGUCCAUGAGCACGGACGGACUCAUGGCUCUAGUUGGGGCCAAAUCAGGCUAGAGAGGGAGAGACCAUGCCAGCGAAGUGGGGACAGGAAGGGGAGGAACUUAAAAUAUUAGAAACAAGACCCUGGGCUAAGGGAUUUAAAGAGACAGUACACUUUUAAAUUUCAUCUAAAAAAAGGCCUUUAUUAAUAUAACAUCAAGAUUACACAUGCUAUUUACACUUUAUUAGUCUUUCUUCCCCAAAAUGCAUAUUUAAACUUUCACGAGAAAUGUGUAGACGCAUUACACAGUCAUUGCUUGCGGUCACUCUUAAGUUUUCCCGUAGAUUUUUCCGACCGCAUGACGCAGCUAUGGAUGUAGCGAGGUGGUUUGAUGAAGAAGGCUGUGUUAUUGUCCAAGAACACAGCCAAGAGUGAUACGUCUUUCCAGAAAUCACCUCUCCCCUUUAUUUAAACUAAUAAUGUUUAUUAAAUACUAGUUCAGAAGAGUUAGUUCGCCUAGUAUGUAAAUAAAGCCUUUAUCCUCA